GCUGACCUACUUUCUCUGCUCCCAGCGACUCAGUGCUGUUUACAAGCCACUGCCAGCGGAGGAUGUUGAGUGGAGUGCCUGGAAAACAGACGGUCAGAGCCCACAACCAGGAAGGACUGCGAAUGGAAAUUUGCUCGUAUGUCGAUAAAUAAGGAUUCGCCAGAAACCGCAGACAGCCGCGCGAUUAAUAACCGCAAAUUUUACGCGUUGUUAUGCAAUUUAAUGUUUAGUGCUAGCGGCGAGUCAGACGCUGGUAGUUGCGCCCAGCGGCUAUGCUGUAGUUAAAAAAAAAUGAGUGCGUUGACCAAAGUGAAGUAUGGAUGUUUACUUCUGUUGAAGACCCGUUUUCAAGGAUUUGGAGUUUCGUUGGUGGACUCUAGGCGGUGGUGGGGAGCUGGUGACCGGUAGUUUUUUCCAGAGUGUUCAAGCACUGUCGGCGCGAAUGGGAUUUAUAAGACUUCAGAAAGGGCCUGGUUGGGAAAGGGAGUGAGUAUGGACAACCUUUCUGACUUCGGUGGCCCCUGUCCGUCCACCCGGAGGGAAUGGGACACCAGCAGCUGCGUGGAAGAAGAUGAGAAAGACAGGGCAAAAAGGGCAUCCCGCAACAAAUCGGAAAAGAAAAGAAGAGACCAAUUCAAUGUGCUCAUCAAGGAACUAUGCACCAUGCUGCAGGGCCAAGGCCAUCCGCGCAAGAUGGACAAGUCCACUAUAUUGCAGAGAACUAUUGACUUCUUGCAGAAGCAGAAAGAUAUUACUGCACAGAAUGAAUCUUGUGAUAUAAGGCAGGACUGGAAGCCCUCAUUCCUCAGUAAUGAGGAGUUCACUCAGCUCAUGCUUGAGGCACUAGAUGGUUUCCUGGUAGCAUUAACUACAGAUGGAAACAUCAUAUAUGUGUCUGACAGUGUCUCUUCGCUCAUUGGCCAUUUACCGUCAGAUAUGGUGGACCAAAAUAUCUUGAAUUUCCUCCCGGAGCGUGAACACGGGGAGGUGUAUAAGCUGCUAUCAUCCCACAUGCUGAUGACUGACCCCAUUACUGCUGACUUCCUCGACAGUGAGGCACAUGUAGAGUUUUGCUGUCAUCUAGCCAGAGGUAAUAUUGACCCAAAGGAGCCGCCUGUAUAUGAAUAUGUCAAGUUUGUUGGAGAUUUCAAGUUUCAUAACAAUGUGCCUACAUCUUCUUGUAACGGACUUGAGUUGACGUUACCAAGAACCCUGCAGUCGUCGCUGGAAGAGCAGGUCUGCCUCAUCGCUACUGUACGAUUAGUCACUCCACAGUUUCUAAAGGAUUUGUGUAACGUGGAAGAUCCUUGUGAUGAAUUCACAUCCAGACACAGCCUUGAAUGGAAGUUCCUAUUUUUAGAUCACAGAGCCUCGCCAAUCAUAGGCUAUUUGCCCUUUGAGGUUCUUGGAACUUCUGGCUAUGAUUACUAUCAUGUGGAUGACUUGGAGCUCAUAGCACAGUGUCAUAAACAAUUGAUGCAGUUUGGAAAGGGUAAAUCCUGCUACUAUCGCUUUCUGACCAAAGGUCAGCAGUGGAUUUGGCUGCAGACUCACUACUACAUCACAUACCACCAGUGGAACUCCAAACCCGAGUUCAUUGUCUGCACUCACACAGUUGUCAGUUAUGCUGAAGUUCGAGCUGAGAGGAGGAGAGCAUUUGGCCUGGAGGAGAUGUCACCACCCGAGAUAGCCACGUCCUCCAUAAAGGCUCAGGAGCUGUACUUGGACAUCUGUUCCACACUGGACCCUCCACGGGACAGGAACAGUGGUGCACGUUCUGUAUCCUCCCACAGCUCCCGGAAGUCCUCCCACACAGCCCUGUCAGACUCGGCAUCAGCUAACUCCUACACAGAGGCUUGCACACCGUCAUGGCCGUCUGCAUCCAUUGGGACAGAGAAGACUGCUACCAGGCUUCAGCCCAGCAGUUCAAAGACUUUGGUACAAAGACAAAAUUCCUUUGACCUCCUUCCCCAACUGAGCCUCCCCCUUUCUCCUACCUGCAGCAAGCACUCCGCAAUGCAGCAGCAGCAGCAGUCGUCCAUGUAUCAGCUGCCACAGCCCCAGCUAGGCGUAAUGAAUCAGUUGAAGGAGCAGCUGGAGGAAAGGACGCGGAUCCUGCAAGCUGACAUUAAGACGCAACAGCAGGAGCUGCACGACAUUAAGGAGAAGCUACAACUAGCUAAUCUCCAGAUGUUGCUACAGCAACCUAUCCACAAUGAGUUUGGCCAGGUCCAGCAGCCCCAGCAGCAGGGCCCCGGCAGGCCGGCCCAGCAGAGCCAAUCAGGAGUGAUCAGGCAGCUGUCAGGCCACCCCAAACCUCCGGUCUGUGGGGCCCACAGUUCAUCUCCUCACCCUCUGAUGAGGGAGCACAGCUCACCCUCACCCCAGGUCCAGCAGAGGCUUGUACGGAGUGGGCAGAUACAGUCAGUGAGUGUGCCGGUGCAGACCAACACCAGUUUGACCAUGCCGCUCUACAGCAACCCCAUGAUGUUCUCUCAGACGAACACAAGGCCUCUGCAGGACGCAAACCAAAGACACGUAGACGAGUUCAGCCAAGAUGGACAACUACGUCUCAUUCUCAGCUCCUCAAACAACAGAGAUGUCCUUUUCUGCAGCAUGCUUCUCAACCAGCCCAUGCAGACCCUGGUUCCCAGUAACAGUGUAACCUCCCAGCCUUCCCAGUGCAACACGGGCAUCCAGCAAACCAAAUACACCUUGGAGCAGCAGAUGAUCGCCCCCUCGUUCACCAUGCAACAGGUCAACUGCAACGCCGUCCUCGUCCCCUCUCCGGUCUUCACCUCCCCGAUCAUGAUCCCACACAACAGCUUCAUGACACACCAGUCGCAGCCGGCCUACCACACGCAGCCCCAGGCCUCACAGCACUCCCUGCAGCUGCAGCAGCCCCAGCAGUUCUUUCAGAUGCAGACUCAAGGACUUCUACACAGCGGAUCUACUCCAGCAUUCUUACACACCACUAACGUCCCGCAGCAAAGCACUGUGGGAUACAUCCAGCAGCAGCCACAGACACAGCAACUGUCGCAAGCACAACAGCAACAGCCGCAACAGCAACAAAGGCAAUACCAACAUUCCCAAAACCAGACUGGCAGUAUUUCAGACUUCAGAAAUAUGCUCACUCGGUAGCCUUGCGGACUCUGUGAGAGAACGUGCUGUCGCUGUUCGGGUGACGCGAUGCUGUAGCGUUUGCAAGAGACAAGAAGUCACACUUGACAUCAAAUUCUGCAGCAAAGAAAAAAAAAAGAAAAAAAAAGAAAAAAAGCUUGAAAGUGUCAGACUUCUUGCGGUGACCCCACUUUUGAUAAGAAGUCACUGAUUGAGACAAAAGCUGGUUUGUGCACCACUGGAGAGAGAGGAGCUCAAGCAGAGGCUGCACUGACGCCGUGAAGCGCCCGCGGAGACGGCUGGCCGUGUGGAAAACUGAAGGCUGUUUACACGAGAGCCUGGCCUCCAUCACGGCACCGCGUCACACUCGGCCAUCAAGCGAGCGGAUAAUCACACUUGUUAAGAAACGGCGCUUUCUCGUGUUGGAGGUUUUUCAACACACAAGGGUUUUCCCUCAAGAGGUACCAUCCCCUGUUACCCCCCAAAAUAAAGUAGCUUUUAGUCUAUAAAUGAAAGUUUCCCCAUCAAUAUUGUGUUCGUAGUGGGGUUCUUUUCCACGGCUAUUACAUCCCACCAUCAUCACUGAAAAUGGUCCAUCUCAUAAAGGGAUUUGUAUAACUGGGGACUCGACAUCAAUGUCUGUUUCAAUUGGCAGGAAUCAGAUGUUACUUUGAUUUUUCCCCUGAAACCAGCAAAUUUACCUGCAGGUUAUCACUUUGUGAGUGAGGUCACUGGAGAGGGGCUUGAAUAUUACAUGAGCAAGGCUGAAAUAAACAUCAUAUCCAUCAUCUAACAAAAAAAAAAAAAAAAAAAAAAA